CCCCCCUUGAACCGCCAUUGUAAUGUGAAUGAAAAGAAAAUUAUAUAAAUAAUUUUUUUAGGAAAAUUAUGACUUCUUGAAAAAUGGCAAUAUUAAAGAUUAUUAUCUUAACAGAAGAAAAAUGAAAAACCAUUUAGAGUGCGGGCCAGGGACGUUGACGGCGACUGCAGUGGAGACGACCCGAUUGAUGAGUUGCGCCCCUUCUAUGUGGUCAACUAGGGAUGUGGUUGCUGGCCCCUCUACAGGGUGGACCAUGGGCCAGGGCCGUACUGCCGGCGCCAUUGUUGCAGAGCGUCAAUACCCAUGUAUCUACUGCCACUACAGUUCCCGCUCGCGUGUCGACCUGGACAAGCAUAUUAGGACACAUACUGGCGAGAAGCCCUUUAAGUGUCCUUUCUGUGUCUACAUGUCUGGUGACAAGAGUAACUUUCGUAGACAUCUAUUAGGUGUCCACAAGGUUAAAUACAAUGACCUUAAUCCUUUAAUAACACAGCCUUCCAGUCUGGCCUCCCAGGCUUCAUCACAACUCCCCAAACUUUCCUCUCAAUCUUUACCAACACAUCUUUCAAAACUGUCCCCACAGUUAUCAAAGGUGUCCCCAACAUCCUCCUCACAACUCUCCACUCACUCCCAAUUAGCUUUGUCAUCACAGACCUCCAGUGCUUCCCAGUCACAUCCUAAUGAGGCAUCCUAUCCUCCUCAAACCACAGAUUGUCUUGUAUCUUCCGACACUGAAUCCUCGCACACAUCCUGAAUAGAUUUUACGAUGCACCAUAUAAACAAAAUCUUGUUACCAGCAUUACCAGCAGGGAACAUCAAUCUGAAUGGCACAUGUGCUUCCUAAGGUUCCCUCAGGAUAUGUGAUGACUGCCACACCAUUCUCCACCAGAAAGGAUUCCACAAAGAGAAAGAUAUUGUGGAGAUGUGUGUGAUCCAUGGGUAUUCGUGGGCAGUUGGUUGAGGGAUUGCAGUGCUGAUGUAGUGGUUUCC